UUGUGAACUCUAUCGGUCGAUCAUCCAGCAUUAUACGUUCAUAUUACACUAUACACAUAGUCGUAGAAGUCAUAUGGACAAAGUAAGAUAGUACGCAUAUUGUGCGCAUGGUCAACGGAAUGUUGUGAAAAUGAAAGAUUAUAAAAACCAAAGUCAACCGUACCAUUCGUUUAGUCGCUUCCAAGUGGUGUUCGCGAGAGUAUAAAAAAUCGUUUACGUGAAUUAAGCGGCUAAGGUGUGAUUUCAUUCAGUGGUGAAAUACAACAAACAUAUAAACGAUAUGUACUCCACCUUGAGUACAACACCGAUGCGCGAGGUGAAAAGCGUACAAUUCGGAAUUUUGUCACCUUGUGAAAUUCGCCGGAUAUCUGUUACCGAUGGCGGAAUUCAGUUUCCUGUAGCGAUCGAAAAUGGACAUCCCAAGCUUGGUGGCGUAAUGGAUCCUCGACAGGGAGCCAUUGACAGACACACCAGAUGCCAAACAUGUGCUGGCGAUAUGACCGAAUGCACUGGACAUUUCGGACAUAUUGAUUUGUGUGAACCUGUUUACCACAUUGGUUACUUCAAUAUACUAACGAAAGUCUUACGAUGCGUUUGCUUCUAUUGUUCAAAAUUGCUGGUGAACGCUACAAGCCAAGAUGUUAAGGAAAUUGUCAUGAAAACCAAAGGGCAACAGAGACGACGGUUAUUUCUGAUUAAUAACAUUUGUAAGAAAAAGGAUUACUGUGAGGGUGGUGCUGAGAUGAAUCCUGAAGCUGUAGAUAACAAUAAAUCGGCUCAACAUACCGGAUGUGGCGAGAAACAACCACGAAUUAAAAGGAAAGGGCUCGAAUUGUUUAUGACUACAGUUUCUGAAGGCGAAGGAAGUAAGAACGUGGAAUCGUUGCCAGCUAGAAAAGUUUUGGAAAUUUUGAAAAAUAUUUCUGACGAAGAGUGCUUCAUACUCGGAUUGGAUCCAAAAUAUUCGAGACCAGACUGGAUGAUAGUUUCAGUGUUGGCUGUUCCACCAUUAUCAGUUCGUCCAGCGGUACAAAUGUACGGUUCUGGCAAAAGUCAAGACGAUUUGACGCAUAAGUUAAGCGAUAUAGUCAAGGCAAAUAACGAACUUAAGAGAAACGUAGACAAUCAAUCUCCAUCCCGGAUUGUAAAGGAAAACCUGAACCUGUUGCAAUAUCAUGUCGCUACGUUUUUCAACAAUGAAAUUGCCGGCAUUCCCCAAGCAACCCAAAAGUCUGGAAAACCAUUAAAGACUCUGAAAUCGAGACUAACUGGAAAGGAAGGUCGAAUUCGUGGUAAUCUAAUGGGAAAACGAGUCGAUUUCUCAGCCCGGACUGUUAUUACCCCGGAUCCAAAUUUACGUAUCGAUCAAGUCGGUGUGCCACGAUCCAUUGCCAAGAACUUAACGUUUCCAGAAUUAGUCACACCGUUCAACAUUGAUGCCAUGCAAGAAUUGGUGAAUCGAGGGGAUACCUAUCCAGGAGCUAAAUAUAUAAUCAGAGACAACGGUGAUCGAAUCGAUUUACGUUUUCAUCCAAAGUCAAGUGACCUACAUCUACGCUGGGGUUACAAAGUCGAGCGGCAUUUGCGUGACGACGAUUUGGUAAUAUUCAACCGUCAGCCGUCUCUGCAUAAGAUGAGUAUGAUGGGGCAUAGAGUGAAAGUUCUUCCUUGGUCCACAUUUCGAAUGAAUUUGAGCUGUACCUCUCCGUACAAUGCUGACUUUGAUGGCGACGAAAUGAAUUUGCAUGUUCCACAAUCUCUGGAAACCCGAGCAGAGGUUGAAAACAUUCACAUCACUCCACGGCAAAUUAUAUCACCCCAAGCAAAUAAACCUGUGAUGGGUAUCGUCCAGGAUACUUUGACCGCUGUCCGAAAGAUGACCAAGCGAGAUGUGUUCAUUGAAAAAGAACAGCUGAUGAAUCUGCUGAUGUUUCUGAAUGAUUGGGAUGGUAAAAUACCGAAACCGUGCAUUCUGAAACCGAAGCCGUUCUGGAGUGGAAAACAGUUAUUUUCCAUGAUUAUUCCCGGUAAGCUAAAUGUCAUCCGUGAACAUUCAACUCAUCCACAAGAAGAAGACGAUGGUCCCUACAAGUGGAUAUCUUUGGUAGACACUAAAGUACUGAUAGAAGAGAGUGAGCUGGUCAUGGGAAUCGUAUGCAAACAGACACUGGGCGCAACCACAGGAUCAUUACUCCAUGUCUGCUUCUUAGAACUUGGUCAUGAAAUUACCGGCAAAUUUUAUGGAAAUAUUCAAACAGUCAUCAAUCACUGGUUGCUUUUGGAAGGGCAUAGCAUUGGCAUUGCCGAUACAAUUGCUGAUCCGAGGACAUAUGACGACAUUAGAACUUCUAUCAAACGGGCAAUCAACGGUGUUAAUGGUGUAAUUCAGAAGGCCUAUAACUGCGAGCUGGAACCAACACCCGGUAACACAUUAAGGCAAACAUUCGAGAAUGUUGUCAAUCGUAUUUUGAACGAAGCGAGAGAGAAGACCGGCAGUUCUGCGGAGAAGUCAUUGACCGAGUAUAAUAAUUUAAAGGCCAUGGUGGUUUCCGGAGCCAAAGGAUCAAAUUUAAACAUUUCUCAGGUCAUUGCAUGUGUCGGCCAACAAAAUGUUGAAGGGAAACGUAUACCAUUUGGAUUUUGCAAACGAACACUUCCGCAUUUCCAAAAAGAUGAUUACGGGCCAGAGGCAAGGGGUUUCGUAGGAAAUUCAUAUUUGGCAGGAUUAACACCAACAGAAUUUUUCUUUCACGCAAUGGGUGGCCGAGAAGGUCUGAUCGACACUGCCGUAAAGACUGCUGAAACAGGCUACAUUCAACGCCGCCUAAUCAAAGCUAUGGAGUCCGUCAUGGUUAAUUAUGAUGGAACCGUACGUAAUUCUGUCGGUCAAGUGAUUCAGUUCAGAUACGGUGAAGAUGGACUGUGUGGAGAGUCUGUCGAAUUCCAGCAUCUACCGACAAUAAAGUUGUCGCGAAGAACAUUCGAAAAACGUUUUAAAUUCGAUCCGACCGAUAAGAAAAUGCUAGCGAGACUAUUCGAUGAUGAUCUACGACGAGUAUGUGAGUCUGGCGAGUUUUUGUCCGAUGUUGAAUGUGAAUGGAAACAGUUGAUUUGCGAUCAGGACAACCUGAGAAAUAUUUUCGCAACAGGCGAAUCAAGAGUAGCUCUGCCGUGUAAUUUACAACGAUUGAUAUGGAAUGCUAAGAAAAUAUUUCACAUUGACAAGCACGGCAAAACUGAUCUAACACCUUUAAAAGUGAUGGAUGGAGUCAAGACUUUGUUAAAUAAAUGCGUUGUAGUCAACGGAAGUGAUGCUUUAUCAAAGCAGGCGAACAAUAAUGCUACUUUACUGUUUCAAUGCAUGAUACGCUCCAGCCUCUGUUCUAAACUACUUAUAGACGAGCACCGUUUAAAUAAGGACGCAUUCGAUUGGUUAACCGGUGAGAUUGAAUCAAGAUUUCAACAGGCUAUAGUAAAUCCAAGUGAAAUGGUGGGGCCAUUAGCAGCUCAGUGCAUUGGAGAGCCAGCUACUCAGAUGACACUAAACACAUUUCAUUUCGCCGGUGUAUCUUCGAAAAAUGUUACACUGGGUGUGCCUCGCCUGAACGAAAUUAUAAAUGUUGCCAAACGAAUAUCAGCGCCAUCAUUGACUGUUUACUUGACUCCUAAAAGCGCAUGUGAUGCAGAAAGGGCCAAAGAUGUUCUUUGUCGUCUGGAGCACGCAACACUUAGAUCUGUUGUCGCAAACACUGUCAUCUACUAUGAUCCAGAUAUUUAUCGAACUGUUGUAGUAGAAGACCAAGAGUUUAUAAAUAUGUACAACAGCAUGCCGGAUUUCGACCCGGCUAGACUAUCACCGUGGUUGCUUCGUAUGGAAAUGGAUCGAAAGAAAAUGACAGAUAAGAACCUAACACUGGAGCAAAUUGCAGAGAAAAUUGACUCUGGUUUUGGUCAGGAUUUGAAUUGCAUAUUCAAUGACGAUAAUGCUGAAAAAUUAGUGCUACGCAUAAGGAUCGUGAAGAAUGGAGACUUGAAAUUCGAAGAAAAUAAUGAGGACCAUGAAAAUGAGUUGUCGGAUGAUAUGUUCUUGAAAGCUAUCGAAUCCACCCUUUUAGCCGAUUUAACGCUCAAGGGCAUCGAUACGAUCCGAAAAGUGUACAUGCAUUUGCCUAACAGCGACAGCAAGAAAAGGAUUACGAUAACCAAGGAAGGUGAAUUUAAGGCCAUAUCCGAAUGGAUGUUAGAAACCGAUGGUACCGCCCUUUCGCCGGUUUUAAACGAGAAAGAUGUAGACACAACCAGAACUCAUAGCAACGACAUAUGCGAGAUAUUUCAAGUGUUGGGAAUCGAAGCAGUUCGAAAAUCGAUUGAGAAAGAGAUCAAUGCCGUUUUGCAGUUCUACGGACUAUACGUAAACUACAGACAUUUGUCGUUAUUAUGCGAUGUAAUGACCGCUAAGGGUCACCUAAUGGCUAUCUCUCGAAAUGGAAUCAACAAGCAAGAUGUGGGCCCAUUGAUGCGAUGUUCAUUCGAAAAGUCGGUCGAUGUGCUGAUGGAAUCAUCAGCAUACUCAGAAAAUGAUCCCAUCAGGGGUGUAUCGGAAAGCAUUAUACUGGGCCAAGUUCCUAAAAUCGGAACUGGUUGUUUCGAUCUCCUUAUGGACACAGACAAACUGAGAAACGAAAAUGUCCGAAGAAUCGAAAAUUUUAAUUCAAAACUCACCUUUUGCACGCCGUUCCGAACUCCGUGGACAAGUUUCGGUACACCACAACCGUCCAUUUGGACAGAAACUUUUGACCGAAGUGCUGGUACAACAAUGCAAUUUCCAUGGCCGAAUUUUUCACCUGCUUACGAAGGAUUUUCGCCAUCACCAUCUCCCAAUUCAUCAUUUGAUAUACCGUGUUUUUCACCCGCCAUACUAAACAAUUCAACUACUUCACCGAGUUAUUCGGCUAUUUCUCCGCGCUAUUUAGCUACUUCUCCGAGUUAUUCAGCUACUUUUCUGGAUUAUUCACCUGCUUCUCCAAGAUAUUCUCCCUCUUCCCCCAGCUAUUCACCUGCAUCCCGAGACUAUUCACCUACGUCUCCAGGCUAUUCACCUUCUUCAAACUAUUCAACAACUUCUCCACGAAUUUCACCCACAUCUCCAAUGUAUUCUCCAUCUUAUACGACUCAAUAUUCAAAUUCUACACCGGGUUAUUCACCUGAGUCGCCAAUGUAUUCAUCAAUCUGUACUCCGUUUGCUGGAUCUUAUUCACCUACUUCACCAUCUUAUUCGCCAAUUUCCAAUUUUUCACGAGAAUCUUCAAAUUUUUCAAUGUAUUCACCUAGGCAAUUGUCCGGAAAGCACUCUAAAAACUAUUCACCUUCAUCACCUAAUUAUUCACCAACGCCUUCUACUUAUUUAGCAUCAUCUCCCAUUUAUUCUGUUAGGUCUCACGAUUAUUCUCUAGCUAACAGAUAUUUGGCCAAAUCUCCUAUUUAUUCACCUACAUCACCCAUUUAUUACCCUACAUCUCCCAGUUAUUCACCGACAUCACCCAGUUAUUCACCGACAUCACCUAACUAUUCACCGGCAUCACCUAACUAUUCACCUGCAUCACCCAGUUAUUUAUCGCCAUCACCCAAUUAUUCACCAGCAUCGCCCAGUUAUUCACCGACCUCACCCAAUUAUUCACCAUCAUCUCCUGAUCGAAUCCUUGUAGUAUUACCCGAUUAUUCACCAACAUCUCCAAGUUCUGUUGAUGAUUUAGAGUCAGAAUUCGAUGCAGAAAUUUAGGCACAUAAGAAUUCUCAGUAAAAACUAAUAAUAGUAUAAGAAAUAGUGAAUAAUUUGAGGCGAAGCCUAGAACCGUUUUGCCAUUUUGAGCGCAACUAAUUUGGAUAAUUUUUAAUUAAAAUCUAAAUUGAGAUGAAUCAAAUUUAAUAACAUGCAAAAUUCAUUGAUAAAAUAGUGGGAUGGUUAAUGGCAAGGAAAGUAAAAGCAUACUUUCAUUGGUUAAUGGUGAUUGGAUCGUAUUUACAAAUUAAAUGAAAAUGGUUUUUAAAAUAGUUGAGAUAUAAGAAAGUAAGUAUAAAUAACGAGAAUUACAUUAACGAAAAUAUUUCUCGAGAUUAAACCCACAUGUUAAUGGUUUUUCGGCCAAGACCCACGGCAGAGUAAAAUAAACCAGGCAGUAGCGGUUCAUU